GAGGCACGGGGACCAAUGGGGAUGCCGCGUGUGGGAGGGGCGUGGGCGCCCCGCCAAUGGGGAGCCGCGGCAUGGCUCGGAGGCGGUGCGGCGCGGCGCGACGGGCGCGGUUCAGUCGGGCGGCAGCGGCGGCGGCGGCGGCGGCCGAGGAGGAGGAUGUGGGCCGCGCGCGGGCUGGCGGUGGCGCUGGUCUUGAGCGUGCUGCCGGGCGGCCAGGCGCUGCGGCCGGGCGACUGCGAAGUUUGUAUCUCUUAUCUGGGAAGAUUUUACCAGGACCUCAAAGACAGAGAUGUCACAUUCUCACCAGCCUCUAUUGAAAAAGAACUUAUAAAGUACUGCCGCGAAACCAGGGGCAAAGAGAAUCGGCUGUGUUACUACAUUGGGGCCACAGAUGAUGCAGCCACCAAGAUCAUCAACGAGGUGUCAAAGCCCCUGGCCCACCACAUCCCUGUGGAGAAGAUCUGUGAGAAGCUCCAGAAGAAGGACAGCCAGAUCUGUGAGCUGAAGUACGACAAGCAGAUUGACCUGAGCACAGUGGACCUGAAGAAGCUCCGAGUCAAAGAGCUGAAGAAGAUCCUGGACGACUGGGGAGAGACGUGCAAAGGCUGCGCAGAGAAGUCGGACUACAUCCGCAGGAUCGACGACCUGAUGCCUAAAUACGCCCCCAAGGCGGCCAGUUCACGGACUGAGUUGUAGUUGGAGGAUCCCUGCUACACCUGAGGGAAAAAACAGUUCAGCUGUGUCUUCCCCAAAAGCCUUUUGUAAUUUAUUUUUAGGUGGGCUCCUGACCCUGUCAAGUGUGAAGCCUGGGGCUUUCCUGAGGAUGCUGGCUGUACAGCGCCCCCAAGGGGGGCUGUUUCCUUCUGUUGCUGGUUUACUCUAGGACUUCAAAGUAUGUCUGGGAUUUUUUUAUUAAAGGAAGAACAUUUUUAGCUGUC